AUGCCUGUAGAGCAGCAACUCACCGAAAUCGAGCUCAUCAUGGACAUUGUCCGUGGUAUCGAGACACAGAAAGAAACUCUUGACCAGCUCAAGCAAGCCAUCCCGGCGUCCAUGUUCGUCGGAGAGGUCGCUCUGCUCGAGGACGCCGCAACCAAGGUUCUUUAUAAUGUCAUCGACCGUCACCUCUCUGGCGUACGCCUCCUCACCGUCAUCCAACUGACCGAGGUUCUCGACGCUAUGAACUACGCGACGGCCAGGGUUUCACAGAUCACGGCCAUGCAUCUCCAAUUCGCGCGCAACAGCCAGCGGUCCAUUGAGAAGAAGGAAGAGGCCCUGGAGCGCCAGAAGCAGGCUGACUUUCCCGAGGACCCUGAUAAUGAGAAGGGAGAGGUCAUAGGCAAGGGUGAACUGGGACCAUAA